AUGUCGACCGAGAUGUCACUCGAGAAGCAGGGGCCUCAAUUAGUGUGUGACCUCUGUCAUUCGCGCAAGGUCCGGUGCGAUAGGCGCGAUCCAUGUGGCAAUUGCCAGGAUGCAGGUAUCUCCUGUAAUCGUCAAAGAGCUGUAAGGCGCAAGUGUCUGAAGAGCCGCCCCCAGGCUUACUCCCGCAGCCCUUCCCACCGUUCCCGGCGAAGAGUAACGCCUGAUCAUCAUGUUGAUGAAGGGAACUCGGAAAUCUUACCAGUCCUCCGCUCUAACCCAGCUCACGAUUUCACCGAUCUACGUGGAGUUAACGCUGGGGGUUUAUAUGAUCCGGUUUAUGAUGCGCAAAUGACAAUCCGGCAUCAACUAUACCAUAUGCCCGGUCUCACGCUAGACAGACGCAGUGUGCUUGAAACAGCCUUAUCCGUCAUAAGAAUAUUGUCUGACAAUUCGAGAUCACUGGUAGAAGACAGCCUUAAUGAUCGUCAAGAGGAAGUUUCCUCUCGAAGCCUGUCUGUGGAAUUCCUGACCUGGAUGUUGAAAGAUAUUCGCACGGACAGAUUUGGAGUCUUCGUUGUGGAUUACUUUAGACAUAUCUCCAUCCCGUCAUUGAAGAAUAUGGGUCUUUCACUCCUUCGUGGCAACAUAUCAACUCGCGAAUCCAUCAUCUACACCGUUUGCGUUAAUGCCGUUGCCUACAAGUUUAUCACUACGGUGAUAAGUCUUGAACAAGACACCGACCUCGCCCUCGAACUGAGGAAGAAUGCCACAGAAUAUCGAGCAACCGCCCAGGCCGCAUUAAAGCAGAUCCCACUGCUAAUACCCCCAUCUCUUGCGCUAUUACAGGCUAUCAUAUGUGGUAUAUUCCUUCACCAAGGGUCUGGAGAUGUCGAUUUAAGCGGCGACCUCACCAAGGCCGCCUGUAACACAUGCAUUGACUUGGAUCUUCAAACGAAAGUUCUCUGUGGAAGUGCAAGCGAGGAAGAGCUUUUCUGUUUCCUAUGGUGCUACACUUUGGACAGAAACCAUGCUUUCAAAUCACGAACUUCACGCUGCCUUCUCGACGUUCAGCUACCAGCCACUUUCAGCGACCUUUAUCCAACUUACCCUCCCAUGGCCGAACAUUUCUUGAUUUAUCUAGAUCUGGCUCGGGUGCAAGAUACGGUGAUUUCAUAUCUGCCUGAUAGCUUAGUGGCUCUCAACAAUUCCUCGUUGCUGUACAGCACUGGAGAAUACAUGCUACUGCAGAUGCAAUAUAUCGAGCAAAGAAUGACACACAUGGCAUCGUUGUCAUUUGAGUGGAAAGGACUCGACUCGCAGACCGAAAUGUCCGCCCUCAAGUUCGCCUAUCAAUCAGUCAUGACCGGAAUCCUAUACCUCCUCCAAUCCGAUCCCACCCAAACAACCCGCUCAACAGAGAGCUACCUUCAGUCAGCACGCCGAGAACUCUCGGCGCUUGUAUCUAUGUGUCACUCGGCAGAGAAGCAAACCGCAGUCAACUUUUUGAACUGGACGAUUCUACUCUACCCAGCAACGGCAUACCUAGUCCUAUUCUGCAACGUCGUCGCGACAUCCGACAUCGGCGAUUUCAACCUCAUGAAAGCUAUCGCGGAUUGCCUAGCUCAAACCGGAAUCAGCUACCCCCUUGUACAAUUACGAACCCUGUACCAGAAAUUUCUAGGCCUUUCUCAGGAGUUUUUCAACGAUGAGCGCAAUGCGCUUCAGAGGAUCAGUUCACCUCAAUUGGGAAGCCCGCUUUCUAACUCAGUUGGGAACCCGUUUGCGAUUACGUGGGGUGCAGAUGAUUCGGUUUUCAAUCCGUUUGUUUUCACUGGAUCAGAAAGUUUCUCUGGUAUGUUGAGUAUGCCGGAGAUUGAUCCGUCUCUACCAUACAAUUUUGAUUGA